CGGCCCGGGGUUCGGCAGGCCGGGAAGGAGAGGCUGGUCAUGUGGGCAAGCAAGAUGGCUACCAGAGCCUGAAGACAGGCAGCUGCCUCGGAGGAGGAGGAGGAGGGAAGGGCAGGGACCUCGCCUCCCCACAGGGAGCCUUUCCCUCCGCGCUCCCCCAGUGGAGGCACCAGCUGUUCGGCGGCGCCUCGGGUGGCCUUGCCGAGGCUAAGCAGCCAUCCCCCUCGCCGACCCCGGAGCCGCUCGGACCGCCGCUGCCCCUGCUCUCCUUUAGGCGGCUUGGCUUGGCUUGGCUUGGGGGAGGUCUUUAUAAAAUCUCCCGUCUCCUUUUCGUUCUGGUCCGGUCCGGUCGAGCUGCAGGCAAGGGAGCCAAUGCCGGGCCGGCGAGUCUGGCUGAGCUCUCGCCCCGCGAUCCUCUGCGAUGGCGCUUACCUUGUUCGAUACUGAUGAAUACAGGCCACCAGUAUGGAAAUCUUACUUGUAUCAAUUGCAACAGGAAGCACCCCAUCCUCGAAGGAUUACCUGCACAUCUGAGGUAGAGAAGAGACCAAAAUACUAUGGGCGAGAAUUUCAUGGGAUGAUAUCAAGAGAAGAAGCAGAUCAAUUAUUGAGUGUUGCGGAGGGAAGUUAUCUUAUCCGUGAAAGCCAGCGGCAACCUGGAACCUACACAUUGGCUUUAAGAUUUGGAAAUCAGACCAGGAACUUCAGACUCUACUAUGAUGGAAAACACUUUGUUGGAGAGAAACGUUUUGAGUCGAUCCACGACCUAGUGACAGAUGGAUUGAUCACCCUUUAUAUUGAAACCAAGGCAGCGGAAUACAUUGCCAAGAUGACCAUAAAUCCAAUUUAUGAACACAUAGGAUAUACAACUUUAAACAGAGAGCCAACAAACAAGAAGCAUACAGUGGCUGUGAAAGAUAAUCUUGAUUGCAAAGAGUCCACAGGAGACAAUGACAUAGCAGAAAAAAGACUCACAUCCCUCGUCAGAAGAGCCACUCUGAAAGAGAACGAACACAUUCCAAAAUAUGAGAAGGUUCACAGUUUCAAGGUUCACACAUUCAGGGGUCCACAUUGGUGUGAAUAUUGUGCCAACUUUAUGUGGGGCCUCAUUGCUCAGGGAGUGAAAUGUGCAGACUGUGGCUUGAAUGUUCAUAAGCAGUGUUCCAAGAUGGUCCCAAAUGACUGCAAACCUGACCUGAAGCAUGUUAAGAAAGUGUACAGCUGUGAUCUCACCACCCUGGUAAAAGCCCACUUCACAAAGAGACCAAUGGUUGUAGACAUGUGCAUUAGGGAGCUUGAAUCUAGAGGUCUCAAUUCUGAAGGACUCUACAGAGUAUCUGGAUUCAGUGAUCUCAUUGAAGAUGUCAAAAUGGCUUUUGAUAGAGAUGGGGAAAAAGCAGAUAUUUCGGUGAAUAUGUACGAAGACAUCAAUAUUAUCACAGGUGCACUUAAACUGUACUUCAGGGACUUGCCAAUUCCACUAAUCACAUAUGAUGCCUACCCAAAGUUUAUAGAGUCUGCAAAAACCACAGAUCCUGAUGAACAGCUGGAGAUACUUCAUGAAGCAUUGGAACUACUGCCACCUGCACACUGUGAAACCUUACGUUAUCUCAUGGCACAUUUAAAGAGGGUAACGCUCCAUGAAAAAGAGAAUCUCAUGAACGCUGAGAACCUUGGGAUUGUUUUUGGGCCAACCCUAAUGCGAGCACCAGAGCUUGACCCAAUGGCCGCCCUGAAUGAUAUCCGUUACCAGAGACUUGUGGUGGAGAUGCUUAUAAAAAACGAAGAUAUUUUAUUUUGAACUUCUUUUGUUGAGUGGGGGGGCGCGCACAUAUGAUUUAAAUGGAAAGCAGUGGAGAUCUGGGGAUGAUGAAGGAACAUUUUGCAGUCACUGAGCCAGCUUCUGUCGCUACAUUCCGGUGGUGAGGUUUCAGUGUAGGAAAGAUGCUUCUUCGCUUGCCUCUGUGACAUUGUUCAGACCACGUUGGGAAAUGAAGGUAACAUGGAUUGUACUGUCCAGUACUGGCAGGUCUGGGCUGUUUCAAGGUAGGACAGGGAAUCGAAGUUUGGAUGGUCUGCUUCUUGCUCAUCCUCUCUUGUGAGGCUUCUCGUGUGCAGGACACAACAGAAACAGCACAGCAUCUGUCUUCUGGGAUAGUCUGUGAUUGUACUCUAGCAUGUUUCUCUGUGUAAAUCUGUUGUGGUUUUCUUUUUAUGCUCUGUAAUUGGUUUCUGAUAUUUCAUGCAGGCGAAGGAAAGCAGAGUGCAGUGGACCAAAGCCUGCCUCCUCUCGUUGACAUUGCCUCUUCUUCUUUUCCUAUGUUGACGGAUGAUUACUUCUUAGGUUCCAUAAAAUUUCUUUUAAAUGGUGGAAUACAUUUUCUUGUAUUGGAAAUAUAUUCUGGCUGCCACUUUCAAGAAUGCCUUUUUUGUGUGUGGUUCCAGUUAAAGAUGGCUGUGUUGAGUGAGUGUGGAUAACUUUGUUGGUGGUUGUUCUUAAAUUGUCAUUUUGUAUUUUUAUUGGGCAUGCAUGUUAAUUUAUUAAAAUUUUGCAUUAGAA